AUGCACACUCUGGCGUGGGGUUCUCCGCACGCUGAAACGCCCCUUGCGCCCGGUCAGUGGCAAUGCUCGAUGGCUCUCCAUAUCUGCCUUGACAGCACCGGGCACAUCGACAGUGGCCGUUCAAUUGCGAGGAAAACGAAUGCGCCAGACACAGCAUGUUAUGAUGCAAAAGUCCUAGCAAGAUCGUUAGUUAUUGAUGGUCGAAGCAAUACCGGCGACUCUGGGGAAAAUUCUGGGCAUGGGCAAAAGACGGCAGAUCUCGCGGAACGAGUGCGUCUCUUGGACACUUGGAAGACGAGCCUCUUGUCUUGCUACGCCGCUCUUCAGAGUUGGUCUCGCCGAUUAUGUUUCGCCCAACAGCGGUCACGAUUCGUGGAAGGGUUGCAGCGAACAUUUUGCACCGCCGUGAAAGUCAAUCAGUCAAAUGCGCGACGGAGCGAGUCACAGAGUUUCUCUCGGGAGUCCUAA